AUGAAGCUCGCGACCCUCGCGCUCCUCUUCGUGGGCGCCGUCUCUGCGGCUCCGUCGCCGCAGGAGGCGGCUGGGACCUCCAGCCCCGCCGAACGUCAGCUUGGCUCCGACUGGCGUGACAUGACCGGCUGCACCUGUCUCGGCUGGCCGUUCUCCCCGCAGGUCUUCUUCUCCCAGGCCAACGGCAAGCGUGACGGCUGGUGCUGGACCGAGGGCAACAUGAUCCAACGGGACCGCAACCUGAUCCAGACCGCCGUCACCCAGAACCGCAACACCGGCGCUGCCAACGGUGUCCAGGCCAACGUCUGGUGCCGUGGCCGCGGCAUUCCCCACGCGUCGUCGGAGUGCACCAUUCGUGUCAUCAACGAGUUUACUCGCACUCAAGGACCUGGUCUCCUAUCGUUCUGCCAGUACCCCGCCCGCGGCACGUUUACCCCGACCACCUGCGACUGCGGCUUCUCCUGUAACACGGGCUACGUCACCUGUGGUCGCCACUGCGUCGUCCGUGGCACCCAGUGCAACGGCGGCAUCCCCGUCGAGCGCGUCUGCGCCUCGGGUUUCUGGCUCUGCAAUAACGUCUGCAUCCGCUUCAACCAGUCGUGCUCACCCAACUCGCCCCGCGGCCUCUCUGGCGUCUUUGAGCGCGACGAGGACGUGACCAGCCGCGACAUCGACUCGGAGCUCGACGAGCGCCACACCGAGGACCUUGAGAACCGCUCCGAGCCCGCCCUCGACCUAGACGCUCGCCACGCAGACGCGAACGCCGAUCCCUCGAACCAUAACCGCUGCCGCCCCGGAUGGGUCUGGUGCAGCUGGUGGAACCGCUGCUACCAGCGCUUCUGCCCCCAGCUGCCCGUCUGCAAGAAGGGCUGGUACUGGUGCCGCUCGCGCUGCGUCCCCAAUCUCUCUAAGUGCCCUCGUGACGUUGCGGAACGUGACGCCGAGCCCGAGUUCGAGCAGUUUGACGAGCGCGACAUUGAGCAGUUCGACCCCCGUGACGGCGAGCCCGAGAUCGACGAGCGCGACUUUGAGGACGCUCUUGACGAGCGCAGCCUCGAGGAGCCCCAGGAGCGCGACUUUGACGAGCGCGACACCCCGCUCAUCCCCUGGCCCGAGCCGCAGCCGCAGCCCCCUCGUCCCACGUACAUGCCCAACCCGCUUCCCCAUCCCACUUACACACCGGCUCCGAUCCCCCAGCCGACCGUGACCGUUCCCCAGCCGCAGCCGCAGCCGACCGUGCCCGUCCCGUCCGAGCCCUCGCUCCCCUUCCCCCCUAGUCCCUGGUGCCGUUUCGGCUGGACUUGGUGUCCUCAGUGGAACCAAUGCUUCCGCGGCCGCUUCUGCCCCCGCCGCUGCCGUAUCGGCUGGCACUGGUGCCGCACUCGCUGCGUGCCCCGCUGGUUCGUCUGCCCAACGCCCGCCCCGCUGGAAGGACAGUGCAAGUUCAACGCCUAG